UGUAACUUCCAAAGAGGUUAUGAUCCUCCUACAUUGACAUCAUCUUUGUGAAACAGGUAAUAUAAAAAUUAUCAUCCUCAUUUUAAAUGAGGAAAACAAAUCUAAACUCAUGCCUCCAAUUCCAAAUCCAGCAUGCUGCAUUAGUUGCAAUCCUAACCACAUUAAAUCUUGUCUAAGAUUUGAACUUUAACCUUAACCCUAACUCUAACUCAUAAAACAUCCCACACCCUAACCCUAAACAUAAUCCAAACUCUACCUUUGCACUAAUUCAUUUUCAGCAUUUAACCCUCUCAAAAUAGAUCCUAAAACAGAGCAGAACAAGCAAUAGAGUAGGGAUAAAUGGAAUGGGAUUUAUAUUUCCUAUCCAGAAGAGAUGGGAUGGAGAUUAUGAAGGUAAUAGAAGUGGCAAAAGAGAAAGGAACAAGGACAAAAAGGGGAACAUAGGACAAAAGAAGAGAAGUGGUUGAGGUGGAAUGAUAUAAAGUCCUAAAACAACUAAGAGGAUCAUAUUGUAAAGAAGAAAACAAAGUUUCCUCUGAGCAGGGAAUAGCUGAACUUUCCUUUCUCUUGGGGCCACUCUCCUUGUUGUCUCUGAAUUUUUCCUGGAGUUUCCAGCUGUUGUGGAGUCCUGGUCCAGUGAGAAUGGCAACACCACAAGCCUGACUUUACAUCUCUUACUACCAAUAGGGACAAUGGAGUCAUGUGCACACCGCUGUGGAGAGAGAUUUAACAAGGCAGCUGAUUGCCAGUGUAAUCAUCAGUGUGACCAACACAAAGACUGCUGUGAAGAUUAUGAGAAGCUGUGUACAAAUAAAGAAGAACUUCAAGGAAAGGAAGCAGAAUGGGAAGAAGCAGCAUCAUACAGUAAUCUGUACCUGGCACCUAAUUCUUGCCAAGGCCGUUGCGGUGAAACCUUUGACAAACACCAUCCAUGCCACUGCAACUCAAAAUGCCAGGAGUUUGGGAACUGCUGUGAAGAUUAUGAGAAUUUGUGUGCCCAUGAUGGUUUCUCUCAAAGCAAUGAUGGCAUUACCAAUGAAGAACUCCUGAUUAUCUCAGAGAAAAUCUACAAGGUAGACAACAACAAAGCUCAGAAGGAAGAUAUCAUUCUCAACAGUCAAAAUCGUAUCUUCCCCUCUGAGACAAAUAACAGAGUGGAUCGAUGCCCAGAGCCGCUCUACAGCUAUGUAAAUGAAGAACUCUUCUCCAAACCAACUUAUGCUGCAUUCAUCAACUUACUCAAUAACUACCAGCGGAUGACAGGUCAAGGGGAACAUUUCACUUCUCAGCAGCUUAGGGAACAGGACAUCUUCCUUCAAGAGAUAAUGAAGACGGCAGUCAUGAAGGAACUCUAUGGCUUCCUCCAUCAAAAAAACAGAUACAGCUCAAAACAAGAAUUUGUCAAUGAACUAAAGAACAUGUGGUUUGGGUUGUAUUCCCGUGGCAAUGAUGAGGGUGAUUCCAGUGGUUUUGAACAUGUUUUCUCAGGUGAAGUGAAAAAGGGAAAGGUGACAGGAUUUCAUAACUGGAUCCGCUUCUACCUGCAGGAAAAGGAGGGUUUGGUUGACUAUUAUAGCCAUAAUUACAAUGGGCCAUGGGACUCUUAUCCUGAUGUGUUAGGAAUGCAAUUCAACUGGGAUGGCUACUACAAAGAAGUGGGAUCAGCUUUCAUUGGCAGUAGUCCUGAGUUCGAGUUUGCUCUCUAUUCCUUGUGCUUCAUCGGCAGGCCUGGCAGAAUGUGCCAUUUGAGUCUGGGUGGGUAUUCUCUGGCCAUCCAGACCUAUACCUGGGACAAGACUACCUAUGGAAAUGGCAAGAAAUACAUUGCUACAGCCUAUGUGGUAUCUUCUACACAUUAGAGUUUUGAACAAGGAAAAAUAUGAAGGAUACUGGAGGUCCUCCUGAACAAUGAUGCUGUCUGACUUGGGCUGGAGUUGGGAGGUAUUAUACACUGACCCAUUUAAACUGAAAUAUUCAUCAGUAAAAAUGAUAAUGUGAGAAAACCUGGAAAAGCCCAAAAGGAAAAAAAGAGGAAAAAUUGAAUUUAGGGACCAAAAAGCUACCACAGCAACAGAGAAAUAUUCAGACUAAUGUCUUCUAGUACUUCUGCAGUGCAGACAAGGGAUAAAAUCCAUAAGUGGAAUAUCAAGAUAACUGGUUUUUUGUUUUACACUGACAUAUUAUAGAACAGUAAUAAUGAUAGUUAAAAAUAUAUAUGCAUAUAUACUAAACCAUUCCACCAAUACAGAUCUCAAAUAUACCACUGGACUCAACUAAUAAACCAUAUUAAAACUAGAUAAUUAUCAUAGACAAAACUAUCACCCACAAUUGUCUAAGCAUAACAUUGAUUCACCAACACAUAAGAAUAAUAUUGUAAUAGCUUUAGCUGUACUCAAUUUUCAUAAUCUCCAUGGAACAAAAAGUUUUCACAAUAGGAAAACCUAGCAGAAGAGAUUAAAAUUAUUCAGGAAUAGGAUAAGAUGAAUAUGAUCUUUGUUAUCCUGUCUACUAUAAGAGCUGUAACAAGGGUACUUUCAGAGACCUUACAAGGGAUGAUCCUACUUCCUAAUACUUUUAUUCAACUGCAGUUUUUUUGUGCGUCUUGAAAUAAUCUGUAGAGCAGUAAAUACAAAAAAAAAAAAAAAUUGCAAGACAUCGAUUUGUCCCAGGACUUUCUAUCUGAUCUUCAUUGAAAAGAUGAAAAUUAGAUGACAAAAAUAAUAAUAUUAAACUUUUUGAGGCCAUCCAACUGUCAUGUGGAUGUGUCAUUGGAGGACUACAUAUACUGAAAGACCUGUUUAACAUGUUCCUUUGGUGGAGUCAUAUAGCUUGAUGUCACUCACUGACAUCAAGUGAAUAAGAUUUUUACUUCUAUGUAGGAUAGAUCCCAUGGAGUCAAGUCCAGUCUUGACUGGACAAGUCUAUAAUGGACUUAAACAAUCUUCCUAAAAAUUAUCAUCAUUUAGAUUAAUCUAGUCUCAAUAUUAUAUCACUGGAAUGGAAUGCCAGUUUUCCAUGUAAACAUCAAAUACUUUGUAUCAUUCAUACAAUAUUUGAGUUUGUUUUUAUAAAUACACAACACAUGAACAAGUCACAUAUGUACAAUUAAAUCAAAGGACUUGUUAUCAUCAAUAAAGAUAGUGUCAUGGUAUUUUUUCUGACAUGUUUAAUAAUUACCAAAUGAAUAAGAGGUUACUCUUUAUAUUCCUGGGAUCUCUUAGCAUAUCCUUUUUGGUCCUCAGAUAAUAUAUUGUUUCCUACUUUAUAGAUGUUUAUAGAUUAUUUUUCUUGUUAGGCAAGUUGUGAAUGCUUUGUUUAAAGGACCUGGCCUGUAUUUUGCAUGUUGUUCUCUGUGAUAACCACGUAUUUUAAAAUCAGCUGGAGUCAGGAAUUCGGUUAGGGAAAAAUCAUCAAUCUUUAUUCUUAGUGAAGGUGAAGAAGAUCGAAGGUGAAGGGGAAUCAGAGGUGAAGGGGGAUUGGAGGUGAAGGGGGGUCGCGAUAGCAAUGUGUGCAGCUGCAACAAGACGCCCAGCCAGCAGUCUCUCUUUCAGCUUCCCUUUUCACUCCUGCCUCCACCCACCAAAAUCGUCAUUUCCUAUACAACACACCAGGACUUGCACAAAGAGUGGGCGGGGACCAUUCUUUCUCCAAAUAUAUAUAUAUAUAUUAAUAGAGUAUGGUCCAAUGACUAUUUAGCCUCACAUGCUUGGAACCUCAGUGCAUCAAUCAACUCGAGCCUCAGCCCAUUACAGUUCUCAUCUUUUGCUAGUAGAAAUCCAUGCCCUCUGUUAAGAAAGAUGAGAUUAGGUUUAUCCCUAAAAGGAAGCUGAGAAAGCAUUUUGGUCCUAAUCCAUAUACCACUGUGAAGUGUUUGAGCCAAUGAUUAUGUAGAGUAUCUGACCCUAUUGCUUUCUAGAUUUGAAGAAAAGCUGGUUUCUGUCUCUUCUUUUGAUGUAAUUCUUCUAUCAUUCAUUAUACUGUCAAUGCACAGAUUUCUUGUUUGAUCCAAUAAAUAUUUUCACUGCACUAAA